AACCAAGCAACUAGUUUAGACCCUUUUCUUCAACACCUCAAAAGCUUCUCAUCCCUUCUCUUCAAUUCAAAGUGUUAAAGGGUUUGCUUAUGCAAAUCUCUGUCUCUGGUUUUCUGAAACCCUCAAAACAUUCUUCAUCUUGGGAUUCAAAUCUCUCCUCAUUUCUUCUUUGAUCCACCUUUUUUUUUUUGGAUCGCUUGGCUUCUGAGCAAGAAUCAGAAGCCCUUUUCUUUUAUCCCUCUCUCCUGAUCUGCGUUCUCUGUUUUUUGGACAAGUCUAGUUUUCAAUUUAGUUUUUCAGGCUUUCUCCCCUCAUUUGCAGUGGAAAAGGGAUCAAUUUUUUAGUACCCUGUUUCCUGCACGUUAUUUUCUGUGCACUCUGCAAACCCCUAAUUCUCAACAGAGAAAUUUUCAAAAAUUAUGGAAAGAAUGCAAGAAAACAGCCUUCAAUUCCCACUCGCCCAUGGCGAAAACAUCAGGUCUUCCUUAUCUCAACUCAUAUUAAGUGGUGGCACCAACACCUUGGACUCAAUUUUCUCCCAUUACCCUCCAUCAACCUCCAUCGCCGCCACUGUUGUGGAACCACUUGGCACUUCUGUCUACCUGAAACAGAGAGAUAUGCUACAAAAGUUCUGCCAAGGAAACAGAGAAAAUGGCUAUGGCACAAUAGCAAGCAGUUCUCUAACCAACCCACUUCAAAAUUCUGCAUACAGAAGCUCAUAUAUUAACCCAUGCAAAAAGAAGUUAUACAGAGGAGUGAGGCAGAGGCAUUGGGGGAAGUGGGUGGCCGAGAUAAGACUCCCCCAGAACAGAAUGAGGGUCUGGUUGGGCACUUAUGAUUCUGCAGAAGCUGCAGCCUACGCUUAUGAUCGCGCGGCGUACAAGCUCCGGGGAGAGUAUGCUCGCUUGAAUUUCCCAAACCUGAGGGAUGCAAGCAAGCUUGGAUUUGGAGAUUCUGCAAGAUUGAAUGCUUUGAAGAGCUCUGUGGACGCCAAGAUUCAAGCAAUUUGCCAAAAGGUGAAGAGGGAGAAGGCUAAUAGGAGCAGAGAGAAGAGCGGAAGCAAGGGAGAUGGUGAUGGUGGAGGAGGUGAGACGGCAGUGGGGGGGAACUCAUCUUUGUCAUCUUCACCGUUGCUGUCGCCGGUGGGUUUUGGCAAUGGAUGGGGCGGCGAAUUGGUUUCACCAGCUGUUUCUGAAGAUGGAUUUGGGAAGGGUGAUAAUUCUCCACCAUCCUCUGUUUCUACAGAUUGCCCCGUUCUUUGGACAGAGGAAAUGGGUUUUGAAGAUUGUUCACUGGCAAGGAUGCCUUCAUUCGAUCCAGAGCUGAUUUGGGAAGUUCUUGCCAACUAGCAUAGCGAUCGAGAUCCUCUAAUGUUACUCUUUGAUGGAGUUCUAUGGAAUUGAAGAACUGUGAUGCAGUAUUAUCAGUAGUGUUAACAAACACUUAACUAUGUUUCUUUCCUUGCCAUAGCGUUUUUUUUUUUCUAGAUCUGAGAUUGCCAAACAAUGCUUUAGAUUUAGAGAAGCAUUUGUCUGCAUGUUGAGGUCUGCUACAUGUAAAUGGUAGAUUUGGGUGAUGGAGUACUUAAUAUGUUUUUUAGUAA